UCAGAGACAGUUUCUAUCUACAAGCCAUCAGACUGUAUCAGAGCAUGAGGUGUGAUACCAACAGGCUCAGAGACAGUUUCUAUCUACAAGCCAUCAGACUGUAUCAGAGCAUGAGGCGUGAUACCAACAGGCUCAGAGACAGUUUCUAUCUACAAGCCAUCAGACUGUAUCAGAGCAUGAGGCGUGAUACCAACAGGCUCAGAGACAGUUUCUAUCUACAAGCCAUCAGACUGUAUCAGAGCAUGAGGCGUGAUACCAACAGGCUCAGAGACAGUUUCUAUCUACAAGCCAUCAGACUGUAUCAGAGCAUGAGGUGUGAUACCAACAGGCUCAGAGACAGUUUCUAUCUACAAGCCAUCAGACUGUAUCAGAGCAUGAGGCGUGAUACCAACAGGCUCAGAGACAGUUUCUAUCUACAAGCCAUCAGACUGUAUCAGAGCAUGAGGCGUGAUACCAACAGGCUCAGAGACAGUUUCUAUCUACAAGCCAUCAGACUGUAUCAGAGCAUGAGGCGUGAUACCAACAGGCUCAGAGACAGUUUCUAUCUACAAGCCAUCAGACUGUAUCAGAGCAUGAGGCGUGAUACCAACAGGCUCAGAGACAGUUUCUAUCUACAAGCCAUCAGACUGUAUCAGAGCAUGAGGUGUGAUACCAACAGGCUCAGAGACAGUUUCUAUCUACAAGCCAUCAGACUGUAUCAGAGCAUGAGGCGUGAUACCAACAGGCUCAGAGACAGUUUCUAUCUACAAGCCAUCAGACUGUAUCAGAGCAUGAGGCGUGAUACCAACAGGCUCAGAGACAGUUUCUAUCUACAAGCCAUCAGACUGUAUCAGAGCAUGAGGUGUGAUACCAACAGGCUCAGAGACAGUUUCUAUCUACAAGCCAUCAGACUGUAUCAGAGCAUGAGGCGUGAUACCAACAGGCUCAGAGACAGUUUCUAUCUACAAGCCAUCAGACUGUAUCAGAGCAUGAGGUGUGAUACCAACAGGCUCAGAGACAGUUUCUAUCUACAAGCCAUCAGACUGUAUCAGAGCAUGAGGCGUGAUACCAACAGGCUCAGAGACAGUUUCUAUCUACAAGCCAUCAGACUGUAUCAGAGCAUGAGGCGUGAUACCAACAGGCUCAGAGACAGUUUCUAUCUACAAGCCAUCAGACUGUAUCAGAGCAUGAGGCGUGAUACCAACAGGCUCAGAGACAGUUUCUAUCUACAAGCCAUCAGACUGUAUCAGAGCAUGAGGUGUGAUACCAACAGGCUCAGAGACAGUUUCUAUCUACAAGCCAUCAGACUGUAUCAGAGCAUGAGGCGUGAUACCAACAGGCUCAGAGACAGUUUCUAUCUACAAGCCAUCAGACUGUAUCAGAGCAUGAGGCGUGAUACCAACAGGCUCAGAGACAGUUUCUAUCUACAAGCCAUCAGACUGUAUCAGAGCAUGAGGUGUGAUACCAACAGGCUCAGAGACAGUUUCUAUCUACAAGCCAUCAGACUGUAUCAGAGCAUGAGGCGUGAUACCAACAGGCUCAGAGACAGUUUCUAUCUACAAGCCAUCAGACUGUAUCAGAGCAUGAGGCGUGAUACCAACAGGCUCAGAGACAGUUUCUAUCUACAAGCCAUCAGACUGUAUCAGAGCAUGAGGCGUGAUACCAACAGGCUCAGAGACAGUUUCUAUCUACAAGCCAUCAGACUGUAUCAGAGCAUGAGGCGUGAUACCAACAGGCUCAGAGACAGUUUCUAUCUACAAGCCAUCAGACUGUAUCAGAGCAUGAGGUGUGAUACCAACAGGCUCAGAGACAGUUUCUAUCUACAAGCCAUCAGACUGUAUCAGAGCAUGAGGCGUGAUACCAACAGGCUCAGAGACAGUUUCUAUCUACAAGCCAUCAGACUGUAUCAGAGCAUGAGGCGUGAUACCAACAGGCUCAGAGACAGUUUCUAUCUACAAGCCAUCUGCUGAA